GCGGUCUUUUAUUUUUUUUUCCCUCCGCAGUCACCUGGUUUUUGCCUUCUUGGAGAAGAUGGGGACGACCUCCGAUGGUGAUCGGCCGUGGCAGUCCUAUCACACGGCCUACACGAACGCCAAAGCAGGAAUGGAAGGAGUUGACAAAGAGAAAGUGCAGAGGAUCAUAUAUGAGAUGAGUAAAGGAUCGAAAUAUUUCGAGAAUGAGAAGCGUAAGGAGGCAUAUAUUAGACAAAAAGUAGAGAAUUUGCGUGCUCAGUGUGCAAAACUUACAGACAAGGACAUGCCCCAUUUUCAGGAGGUUGCUAAUAAAAAAAUUUUGGAGCUAGAAGCUUCACGUGAACUUUCAAAGAUAUGGCUGCAUACUGACAUGGAUGCUUUCUAUGCUGCCGUUGAGACAUUAGAGAAUCCAUCUUUGAAGGGAAAGCCUAUGGCAGUAGGUAGCAUGUCUAUGAUAUGCACUGCAAAUUACGAGGCACGGAAAUUUGGGGUUCGUGCUGCAAUGCCUGGUUUCAUUGCACAUAAAUUAUGUCCAGACUUGGUUUUUGUUCCUACCAAUUUCGAGAAAUAUACUUAUUACAGUGAAUUAACAAGAAAAGUUUUCAGAAGAUAUGACUCUGACUUCAUCGCAACUAGUUUGGAUGAAGCUUACCUAAAUAUAACUGAAUAUUGCAAUGAAAGAGGUCUUAGCCGUGAAGAAGUUGCUGCUGAACUCAGGAAUAAUGUUUAUGAGGAGACUGGUCUCACAUGUAGUGUUGGAGUGGCGCCUAACCGCCUGCUUGCCAAGGUUUGUUCAGAUAUUAACAAACCCAAUGGGCAAUACAUCUUACCAAAUGACCGGAAGGCUGUGAUGACCUUUAUAUCUUCACUACCUAUAAGAAAGAUAGGGGGAAUUGGUAAGGUGACUGAAACCAUUCUGAAGGAUGUACUUGGAAUCAAUACUUGUGAGGAGUUGCUGCAAAAGGGUGCAUUCCUGUGUGCACUGUUUUCUCAUUGUUCAACUGACUUUUUCCUUUCAGUCGGGCUUGGCUUAGGAAGAACGGAUACUCCUGAACAUAAGUUGCGUAAGAGUAUUAGCAGUGAGAGAACAUUUUCUUCCACUGGAGAUGAGCCAUUGCUUUUACAGAAACUGGCGGAUAUUGCAGAAACAUUAUCAAAUGACAUGCAGAAGGAAUGUAUUUGGGGACGAACUUUGACACUAAAAUUGAAGACUGCAUCUUUUGAGGUUAGAACUAGAGCAGUAUCACUGCAGAAAUUUAUUCAAUCAAAGGAGGAAAUCCUAACUUAUGCUUCCAAGUUGUUAAAGGCAGAACUUCCUCUUUCUUUGAGGUUGAUGGGCCUGCGCAUGUCACAGUUUCGUGAUGACAAAUGUGGUCCUCUUGAUCCCAGGCAGAAGACUCUUGCAAGUUUUGUCGUCUCAGGAGAUGUUACAGCAAGUGCUACAUUCAGUGACAAGCAUCAAAUAUGUGACGCACAAACUGAUCUGUCAGUUCAUCGUGAGAGCUCUGCCUCAAAUGAUGAUAAAAUCUCUCUUUCAUAUGAAAAAAAUGAUGUACUUGCAUCGGACCAGCUGUCUUGUGGACUCAGGUAUGCCUCCACCAGUGCAGACGGAAUAGAAAAUAUGGGUAAUGAGUGCUCAGGGAAGUGUGAUUAUGUAGAGACAGAAAAUGAGAUGAUUCGCAACUUCUCUGGCCAUAAAACAAUAGCUGCAUCCAGUCAAAAGACAGAACCUUCAUGGGUAGAUGGCUAUAUUUGCUCUAUUUGUGGGAUUGAAAUGCCUCCAAGCUUCAUUGAGGAGAGGCAAGAACAUUCAGACUAUCAUCUAGCUGAGAUGCUUCAGGAGGAGGAAUCUGUGUAUGGCACAGAACACCUUACACAGGAGAGGUCAGUACGAAAGGCACCACAAGCUAAAGAAAAUGCUCGGAAGAAGCAGAAGACCUCUCCUAAAGGGGGAAAGCAUAUCCCCAUUGAUGCAUUCUUUAUCAAGGGCAAGAAAAGUUUGUAGCAUUAGCAUUCUUUUAGAGAUGUGAAUAGGUAUUGCUCCUUUUUAUGUCCCAUUUAAUAAAAUUUCUAUGUAGAUACUGGCUCCUAAAAUUUCUGUAACAAACAUCUCUUCGAUUUAUGGUAGGGAAAUAUGCUCGCAUAUCACGAAGUCAAUUUAAGAUUUAUGUAUAGGGCUUAUUAGCCCUGAUAUUACCAAAUUGAAAAUUCUGUUAAAAGCAGUUUUGUGGUCUUCCUCUUCCACUAUAAUCACUUGGUGUUAUGUUAUCAAUAAUGAGAGAAUUAUUUCAGGUUU